AGGCUACUAGGUCACCGCCAUCACUCCCAUUGGGAACCAAUAAUAAAAAGGCAGAGACAACAAAGACAUUAUGGGCAAAGCUUGUCUACAUUGUAUGCUUUUCGGCAGUGCUCUGUAUGCCAGUAUGAGACACCGUACUAGGAAAAAGUGCACAUUCAGUUUUUGGGGUUUCCAGUUCUGCGUACACCUCUCCCGCCAAGUUCAAUGUGGUUUUCUGGAGGUUUUAUAAAACAAAUAAAACCGGCUUGGAUUUAAAGUAAAGACUCCCACAGUUAUUUCAACAUGGUGUCAGAAUAGGAUUGAAUCCAUCGCCUGUGAGUUCUAAGUGAUUUUUUUUGUCUCGAGCAGAGGGGAAAACUAAGCUAACGUCUCGCCUAAAGGACAUAAUGGAUGGAUUUCGCAGACCAGACCCCCUCGUUUUUGACGGGAACAUCGCCGAGAAUUGGCGGAUUUUCGAACAUCCAUCUGAUUAGUCCAUCAUGCCGGAGCAAAGCAACGACUAUCGCGUUGUGGUGUUUGGUGCCGGUGGUGUAGGAAAGAGCUCACUGGUGCUGCGCUUUAUCAAGGGAACCUUCCGCGAGAGCUACAUCCCCACCAUCGAAGAUACGUAUCGACAGGUGAUCAGCUGUGACAAAAGCAUCUGCACUCUCCAGAUCACAGACACCACCGGCAGCCACCAGUUCCCAGCCAUGCAGCGCCUGUCCAUCUCCAAGGGCCAUGCCUUCAUCCUGGUGUACUCCAUCACCAGUCGUCAGUCAUUGGAGGAGCUCAAACCCAUCUUUGAGCAGGUGUGUCAGAUCAAGGGGGAUGUGGAGAGCAUCCCCAUCAUGCUGGUGGGCAAUAAGUGUGAUGAGACAUCAGCGCGAGAGGUGGAGGCAGUGGAUGGGGAGGCCAUGUCCAAGAAAUGGAAAUGUGCCUUCAUGGAAACAUCAGCCAAAACCAACCACAAUGUGAAGGAGCUGUUCCAGGAACUGCUCAACCUGGAAAAGCGAAGGACUGUUAGCCUCCAGAUCGAUGGUAAAAAGAACAAGCAGCAGAAACGUGCAGAAAAGCUCAAGGGCAAGUGUGUGGUCAUGUGAUGUGGACUUGAGGGACGUGAGGGAGGCACAGCAGACACCUCAAAGGGGGAAGAGGAAGGAAUCAGAGAGAGGAGUCUUCCUAGAGGGUGGACCAUGCAAGAAAAGAUACUCUUUCAUACUAGAGAACAUAAAGUACCUUAACGUUUACACCCAAUGCAGAGUGCUUGGAAAAGGAAAGGCAGGUGAUUUAAUCAAUCUUAUUAUCCAUCAAGUAGAAUGGGAGAGAUGUUGUGAAGGUUUAACCAUUAAGCUACUCAUACACACAAAGGUGCAUUGACUAAAUAUUACUAUUCCAAGCUUGCAACCGAGAGGAUUUUAAUGGAUUUAAGGAUUUUAACCUACUGCAGAAUUUCACACGUUUAAGUCUCAACACUAAUAAGCAGCGCUUGACAACCUUCCCCCACCCUCCACCUAAUCCCCUGAAGCGUACAGUGCAGGGCUACAGAGAGCAUUGGGAGAUGCUUGGUUUCCAUGACUGUCAUUAGAGACUGUUUAUCUCUGCAAACACAGUUGGACAAUUAGUUUUUAAUAGUGGCAACAUGGGAGAGAACAAGAAUGCUUACUAAAUAUAUUUUUUACUCCCAAGAACUGUGCUACAUCGAAGCAAUACUUAUCAGAGCAGGUCUGUUAUGGAGUUAAAUUUGGAAGCUGUUUAAACAGUUCAGGACUUACAAAAAUAGAGGAAAGGGUCACUUACUUUUCUUUCUUAAUUUUAUAGCUUAUUGUUUUUUGUGAGAAUUAUAUUUUCUAUUUAUACUGAUAAUGUAAGUAUUCUUAAACUCCUUAUCCAUCACAGGAAAUGUAUCAUCCUUAAGAAACUACAAUUAUACAUCAAAAAGAAAAUGUAUGGCAAAAGAAAAUUACUUGGAAGUUAUGCCGCGCUUCUUAUAUUGCUUUUUGAGAAUGUAUGGUUUUCUGAUUUAAAUAAUAGCUUUAUAUUUGCCAGUUCAGAUUUUUUUUUUUCAAUAUUUAUAGUGUUUAAGCCUAUUUCACAAAAAUAACGAGAAUGGAAAGUGCAAUAUAAACCCUAAAGAUAUCAAGAUCAAGAAAACAGAUAAUUCCUAACACUGGCACUGGCUUUGAUAAUAGAUGAAGUUUGCAGGUUGUAAAGCAGUCGCCCUUGAUGUACAUUGUAAGCAAGGUAGCUGUUUUCAGAGAGUUCAGUAAGGAGAAUGAAUAAUAUCAUAUCGGUGUAGUUUGGAGGUAAAACUUCCAGUUAGAAGUUUUGGGGGUUCAUUAUUGGAGUAUUUUUUACCAACACUAUGGAUUUAAUUCAUGGUAGACAAACUCACAGCAGAAAUCUACAUUUACACUAACAACGUCUAGCUAGUCUUCUAGCUAGCCUUUACUUGCAUUCUCACAUGAUUGUCAUGUUACAGUAAAUAGGUGGAUACUGAAAAUAUAUCCCUCAUGUCUUAUUACAGUACAUGAAGAUACACAUGAUCUUUUUUAUUUUAAAGCAUUUACAUCUAUUCACCUGAGUAGAAUGAAGCGUAUGUGUACAUAUUUUCAGCAGCCCAUUAUGGGUCGUGUUUCAAUAAACAGUGCUGUCUGGCUUUAUAGUUAGCUUAUUUUGCUGCACUAUUUGAGUAGAGAAACUGUAUUGAUUGUAUGCAAUCCCACAAUGAGCAGGUAAUGUGGACCAGUGACUACUGUUGUUAAGUUGAGAUAGAGAAGUUUAUGCAAAUAGUCUCAUCCAAAGUAACUAGGUAUCAGCAAUUUAAUAUGCUCUUUAAGUCAAUUAAAUGGUUUGUGAAAGUGUAACAUCGUCAGUAAAAAGGAGCAUUUUCAGGGGAUGUGCUUAAGGACAAGUGCUCAAGUAAUUCAACUCAAUUUCAGUUUAUUUCCAAGCCAAAAUCUCUGGAAUUUCAUAGUACAUAGUUUUAAUCCAAUGCCUGUAUAGAAAUCAUGUGUGCCUAUAUGUUUAUAUUGAAUUGUAGAUAAUGCAUCACAAGAAUAAAGACUAUUAU